AUGCCCGGCGGAAAGGGAAAGUCGAUUGGUGGAAAGGGUGGUUCCAAGGAGUCUGCGGGGAAGACUCAAAAGUCCCACAGCGCAAAGGCUGGCCUACAGUUCCCUUGCGGUCGUGUUAAGCGUUUCUUGAAGAACAACACCCAGAACAAGAUGCGCGUUGGUGCCAAGGCUGCCGUCUAUGUCACCGCUGUUCUUGAAUACCUGACCGCGGAAGUCCUGGAACUCGCGGGUAACGCCGCCAAGGACCUCAAGGUCAAGCGUAUCACCCCUCGUCACCUGCAGCUUGCGAUCCGUGGUGACGAAGAAUUGGACACCCUGAUCCGUGCCACCAUCGCCUUUGGUGGUGUUCUGCCUCGUAUCAACCGUGCUCUGCUGCUGAAGGUCGAGCAGAAGAAGGGCAAGAAGGAUGUUUAA